AUGAAACGGGAGCCAUGGCAGGGAGAGGAAGCAGCCAUUUUCAUUGCAGACCUUUGCGAGUUGCCGCAAUAUGCAGCCACAGCACAGCGGAACUUUUCACUCAUUGGCUUGAGAGAUUUGAAGAAGCAAGGUUUUCUCUCCAAAGGCCUAUCCCGCGCUGGAAUUUGCGACUUUCAGCAUCAGAAGAGGAUCGAAGGUGAACUUCUUAGCUUGGAGCAGUCCAUGAGUCCUGAGCUUCUGGAGGGUCAAGUGCUGAGCCGCUCCGCUUCGGAGCCGUCCGUGCUGCUGCGUGCGCAACAGAGCCUGCAGAGCCACGUGCGGAAACUGGGGCCUCAACCCAAGAUGCAGCGCAAUGCGUUCCUGAUUUGUCAUGGGGACAUGUCGACCAAGAUCAGGUCGCCUCCGCUGACGUCCACGGCCAAAGCCAUGAUGCGGCCCUGUGCUUCAGUGGGGUGCCUGGCACCCACGGAGCAUAAGUCCAGGGAACGGAUGUCGCCCAGCCCGUACAACUUGCCAUGA